GGUUCACAUGCUUUCCUUCACAAUUCCACGAUUCUUCCACAAAUGAUCCUCCGUAUUCCACACAGUUCCCUUGAUGAAAUGGGCGUUUCAGACGCAAAUCACAUACUACUUAUCUUCUUAUUUUCCUCCCCUGCUUCGACCUCUUCUCUUAAUCAUACUUAGCUCUUGCCCUCGCUCAAUAACCGAGCCUUCUUGCUCCUCUGUGUUCAAUUAAAUCUAUUCCCAUGGCGUCUAGUUCUACCUCUUCUGGUCAAACAGAGAGGGAGCCUGCAAACAGUUAUAACACUGGCCGUAUCCCAGAGAAUGAGAUUAUGGGUGCUUUUAAUGAAAUUGCACCAUCUCCAUCUACAUCCUCAACACUCAUCCGAAAGCCGUCUUACGAUGUAUUCAUCAAUCAUCGUGGACCAGAUGUCAAAAAAACCUUGGCCACCAGGAUCUAUAAUGUCCUUGGCAACAUGGGGGUAACAGCAUUUUUAGAUUCAAAGGAAUUGGAUUAUGGCGAUUUCUUGCCAGCAACAUUAGAAGCAGUAAUCCGCGGUGCUGCACUUCAUCUAGCAAUUUUUUCAAAGAACUAUGCAGAAUCACCUUGGUGUCUGGCAGAGCUCUCGUAUAUGCUUAAAAGUGGCGCCAAGAUAGUUCCCAUCUUCUACUAUGUAGAUCCUACUGCUCUCAGAUAUAUAGCUGAAAAGAAAGGAAUGUAUGUUAGUGCCUUUCACAAGCAUAAAAAGAAACGUAGAUAAAGCCGAGAAAAGCUUCAGGAGUGGAAAGAUGCACUCUACAAAGUUUCAUUUUACAGUGGUGAAAUUGUCAAAAACAAAGCUGAUGAGAGGAGGCUGUUGAAGAAUAUUGUGAAUAUUGUACUGAAAGAAAAAAGCAAUGUGCCAUUAGUAGUUGCAAAACAUCCGGUAGGUCUCCAUGAAACAGUACAAGACUUUGAGAAUAAAUUUGCUGAGUGUGAUCAGGAUGUACAGAUUGUGGGUAUUUGGGGGAUGGGUGGUUCGUGUAAGACCACACUUGCCAAAGAAUUGUACAAUAAAAAACGAUCAUCCAUGGAGAGAUCCAGCUUUAUUUUUGACAUUAGAGAAGCCAAAGAGGUGUUACCAAAAAAACAGAUUGAACUCCUCAAAGACCUUGGUGAGAAUGAAACAUUUGACAAUGUAGAGCAAGGUAAGGCAAUUCUAACAAGGCAUUUGAAAUCUUUCAGGGUGCUCAUUGUUAUGGAUGAUGUGGAUCAUGCUGACCAAUUGGAUGCUCUCUUACCUGCAAAAGACAGCCUUCCAAGUGGUAGUAUCAUCAUUGUUACAACACGGGAGUGUGAAGUUCUUACAUCUUGGCACAUAUCCUCGGUAUAUAAAAUGCUACACAAUUGUUUUGUUGGCAUGCUUUUCUACAAGCUUUGCCCCUUAUGGAUUUGAGGAAAUUUUAGGAAAUUGUUGAAAAGUUUGUAGAGGCUUGCAAUGGAUUGCCCGUCUCUCAAGGUAUUUGGAGGGCAAUUAUAUGGAAAGUGCCAAAAAAAAUAUUGGGAGUCUUUGUUUCAUAAGGUUUCUAGAUUAUUGCCUAAUGAUUCAAAAAGAAACUCAGAUUAAGCUAUGAUGGUCUUGACCAUGAAGAGAAAGAGGUAUUCCUUGAUAUUGCAUGUUUUUUUAUUGGUAAAGAGUACAAUUUGGCUAUUGAAGUCUGGGAUGGAUCGGGUUGGAGUGGUUUGCACAUCUGGGAAAGGCUUUUCAAUAAGGGUUUGGUUGAGCUUCACAGUGAUAAUUACAUUAGAAUGCAUGACCACUUAAGAGAUCUUGGAUGGGAAAUAGAAAAGAAGCAUUGGCCCUACCGGCUUUGGUUGCCCCAACAGAUUAUUAAUUUUGACAAACAAACAAAGAAAAAAAGUGGAAUUCGAGGAAUUAAGGCUGCCUCAACUGGAAUAAAAGAGCAGUUGUUUUACAGAGAGGAACACACACCUGAUAUAAGCAGAGUUUUUUGGUUGCUCACACCCUAUUUAGUACGAGUAAACCUUUUGGAGAUUGAAGGAGAUUAUUUUAGUCAAAUAAUCCAUGAAAUAUCAAGAAAGCUGGUGUGGCUUCACUGGUCCCAUAUUGGGCAGAGAAAUCUUCUGGCGCAACUUUCAUUGGAAUCUUUGCGGGUUUUACAUCUCGAUGAAAUAUAUAAAAACUUCCCUGUAUGGAAACAUCACUUAGAAGAGUUGUGGGAGGCUGAGAGUGACGCCCCCCUACAGUUAAGAGAGUUGGUUAUAUCUAGUUGCUACAACUUCCAAAGAUUUCCAAAUUCAACAGGGUGCCUCAUUGAGUUGAAAAAGAUAGCAAUCACAGGUAGCAGCAAUGUUAGGAGUCUGCCAGAAGAAAUUUGCCAUCUGCAAUUGCUGGAGCAUCUCACAUUAUCGCGUUGUGCAAUGCUAUCAUCACUACCGAAUAGUUUUGGCGAUUUAGCAAAUCUGCAAUAUCUGGAUUUGCCUUGGUGCCAAAACUUGAAGGGGUUACCAGACUCUUUUAAGAACUUGAUGCUAUUGGAAUAUCUCAAUUUAAGAGGAUGUGGAGAGCUCAUACUUAGGUCAGAUGAUUUUCAAAAUAUUACAAAGUUGGAGUGUCUGGAUCUUUCUAAAUGCAAUCAAUUGGAAGAGUUGCCUCGUCACAUCACAAAUCAGGUAUUUUUGAGAGAGUUCUAUUUAGAUGGUUUGCAGAGGCUAAGAGAGAUUAAAAUCGGUCAACUAAGCAAGCUACAAAAGAUGGUAAUACAGAGUGAGUUGUUGACAAGUUUACCAAACUCUCUUGGAUAUUCGGUCUCCUUGAAAAACCUUUCACUUUGGGGUUGUUACAAUCUGAAAUCUUUGCCGACCUCUUUUAAAAAAUUUUCCUCCUUGACUAGUCUUUCAAUUAGUAGUUGUCGCAGCUUGAAAUCUUUUAUACCCUCUCUUGAAAAUUUGUCCUCCUUGACUAGGCUUUCAAUUAGCUUAUGUAACAACCUGGAAUCUUUGCCAAACUCCUUUGCAAAUUUGUUCUCUUUAGCUCAUCUUUCGAUUCAAUGUUGUUACAGCCUGAAAUCUUUGCCGGCCUCUCUAGAAAAUGUGUCCUCCUUGACUUAUCUUUCAAUUGAUAGUUGUCGCAAGGUGAAAUGUUUACCGUUCUCUGUCGGGUGCCAUAAUCUCUUAGAGGAUUUGUUUAUAUUCAACUGCCCAAUCAGCCAAGUAGAGUUUGAGGUGGCCUUCAUCUUGUUAGGAUUCCCAGAGAUAUUGAGAAGGGGAGGGGGGUGAAUUAGUAUCUGACCGGUAAACCAAUUUUCUUAACUUAUAACAUGAAAAGCAUAUUAAAACUAUGUACCAGUAAACCAGAAAUAAUGCAGCAAAUAAGAACAACAACCACAACAUGAAAAGCACAUCAUAACACAGUAUUUUUAACGAAGAAACCCGGUGUGGGAAAAACCUCGGUGGGAUUUGUGACCCACAAUAUUUGCUUACUGGCCAAUAAGAGAAUAUUACUGUUUACAAUAGGGGCCUGCACAUGCAGGAAGGCCAAGUGCCUAGAGCUCACUGGUCAGUUACAAAAGAAGUCACAUUGACUUACAAAAAUGGAUUAUACAAAUCCAAUGUCUUGUACUGCUUCAAAUUAGCAUCUGCUAUGCCAGAUUCAGUACCGGUUUAAGCUCUGCUACAUACAUAAACCCUUAUCCAAUAAUUUGCAUAUUAGGUCUGCUAUUAUCUUUCCAUACUUCGCCUAUUUCACACACUAAAUGAUCUACAAUGAUUUCAUACUUAUAUGAGUCAUAUUACAAUCCGCCAAGUCAGCUUACAAAAGAUUUUACAAUUAAUUACAAAAUAUAAAUACACAAAAUUCCUGUUGGCCAGGAUGUCCUAUUACGGUGCCAAUGUUUUGUAUGCCGGUGUAGAGUCUGUCAAUGCCGGUGCUUGUAUCUAUCUACCGGUAUCACAUGAUUGUAAGGUUUCCAUCAAUGACAAUACCUUCAAUCACCUACAAUUUCUCAUUGGAGUGUGUAUUUGCCAACACAUCUUCUAAGUUAAGAAACCUCAAGACGAUAACUCUACGUAAAACCAAAGUGUGCGGGAAUUGAAUUCCUGAAGACCAUUAUCCCCGCCUUCAGAGUCUAGAUCCUUCUUAUAAUGCUCGUUUAACAGAGAUUGAAUGAUUGCCAGUAAAGCUUAAACGUUUGCAUAUGCGUUGCUGUCUAAAGUUGGAGAAGCUUCCAAGGUUUGCACGUUUAACUUCUCUAGAGAAUUUGAAGUUGGAGAGUGUGAGCAAAUUGGGAAAAUUGAAGGUAUAGAAGGUUGCACAAGAAUGGAAAAAUUGGCACUAAGUACCUGUUGGGAUGUGUCGAGCAUAGAAAGUUUGAAGCGAAUGGGAAAACUGAAGGAGUUGAAACUCGGAGCAAACAAGGGAUCAGUUUUUGGAAGUUGCUUUGGAACAUUACAGGUAGAUAUAAUAGUUUUAAAGUAUAAAAUAUUUUAUUUAUCUUCUAUGUAAUCAUGGGUUGACUGAAUGUUGUGCAAGGAAUUUGCAGAAUUGGCCAAAUGCAAUGAUAAUAUGUGCAGGGACAGUCCCUGAUGUGUCCUCACUUGUAGAUUCCUUCAAACUUGGGUUGUCUCCAAAUCUCUCAGUUGGCGACUCCUCCUCUAAGAAGGAUAUUUCCUCCAAACCGGAACUGCAUUCCCCCAAUAGCAUUGCCAUUAUGCUCUGUUUCAUUGUAAAUGGUCCUUCUUGUUUAAAAUUCUCUGGUGGUAUAUCUUCUUGUGCCUUCCGUAUUGGAGAGGGGAGAUGGGCAUUGAUCGCUGUCUUCACACAACAUUCAAAAUGGCUCGAUGCAGAGGGUCGCUUCAGCUUAUCUUUCCCUUAUUCGGAACGAAAUGUAAAAGUGGAAGUGGAGAUAGGUUUUGUUGUGAGAGGAGAAAAGAAAAUGGUAGUGGAGGCAUCAUUAAGACUUAUGCAUUUAUAUUAGAAGGUUAGAGGUGUUUGACAAUAAAUAUUUUAUUGUAGAUGGUGUAUAAUGAAUUAGUUUUUUCAUAUUAAAUCUUUGUUAUUUGUUUGGUCAUAUAUUUGUAUUAAAAAAUAGCUAAGGGAGAGGACUGUGUAGUUAAGCACAUUCUAAUGACUAUG